UGCUUGGGAAGAAAAUCGAUUCAAGCUGACCAGGCAUGGCUCAAUCUUGCAGUGUGCUUCAGUGUGGGAACCACCUGUUAACUAGUGUGCACACCUUCCCGCAAUAGCACUAGAUGAACUGCGAUUUACCAAAAUAGGCAGGUCGAAACUGCGUCGCGCCAGACCGGAAAUGGCGUCGCUCAAUGGUCUGCCGCCGAUUCCAAGGUCGCAGCAGAACUGGGGCAAGCUACCGACGAGUGGCCAAGACAAGGUGGCGCCGGGCUCGGCGCGAAGGCUCACGUCACCGCAAAGCGCAUCGACAACGCGCCGUAGCCUGAACGUGUCAAUGGCCCACCUCUCUAUCUUGCGCCCCAACAACUCGACUGCGAGCCUCGUAGACGCCUCGCCACGCAACCAAGGCGACGACGGAAACCAAACGCCGAGCGAAGGCGACUCCGAAGCCUUUAGCCUGCUGCUCGACAGCAGUACUCUCUCCCAGUCGUCGGCGCGCGAUGGCCCCGACGUGCACGACGAGCUCCAGCGCGUUCAGGCGCACAACUCGACACUGCAAAACGAGGUUGCGCGGCUCCAAGAGUCGCUCGUUCAACGCAUGCGCGGGAACUCUAAAUUCGUGGGUGGCGGCCAGUUUCGGUCUUCGAUUGCGACGGCAACGAGUCCCAAGCCCAUAUCAGGAUGCUCCAACUGCUUUUCACUCCGUGCGGCUAUCAAGAAGCUCAAGACGGACGCCAAGUCGGCCAAACCGGUCGUGGACGACCUCCAAGUCAAGCUCUCGGAAGGCCACGUCCAGCGCCAGGCCCUCGCGGUUGCAAGCGCCAAGAAAGACCAGCAACUGGCCGACGCACUGACGCGCCUCGAGAGCGCCGAGAUCACGAUUGCAAACCAACGCGCGCAGCUCGAAGAGCUCGAUGCGGAUCUCCAGAGCUUACGCGGGCACGCGGUCGGAUCCAGCGCCGACGCAACGGACGAGUUGGUCGCAAAGCUACAGCAACAAAUCGAGUUGACGCGGGACAAACAAAAGCUGCUCGACGCCUCGCACGCGCAGCUGGAGUGCGCGCACUCCGAUCUGGCAGUGGCGCGGCAGCAAACUUCAACGCUUGAAACUGCGCUGCAGUCUACGACGCAGCUCUUGGACGCAGCGCGAAGCGCCAUGGACACGCUUCAAGCCCAAGCUCGCGCGUCUGCUACGCAAAUACAACAGCGCGAGCUUGAUACGCACGCGCUUCGAGUGGCACACGACCAAGUCUUGCUACAGCUGCGCUACGACGUCGAAUCGUGGAAGGCGUCGGCGGCAGCAGCCCAAGCCAGCAGCAAGCAGCUCGUAGACGAGAACCAGGUGCUGACCGGGCGCAUGGCCGAGCUCGAGCUCGAUCAGCGCAAGCGCAUGACCGCGAUGGAAGAAAUGGAGCGCGAGAUGCAGCACUCUCAGCUGCUGCGGCGAAAAACGUCGAGCGAACUCGUGGGCUUGAACGGCCGCGUUGACGCGCUGCUCGCCGAGCUCAGCGCGGUCAAGGCUGAGCGCGACGCUGCGAUCUCCGACCACUGUGCGCUACAGACACGGCUCGAGGCGGAGCUCGACAUGGCGCGGCGCCAAUUGAAGCAGCUCGAGAAGGCGCUGCUCUCAAAAACGUGUGAGCAUACAACGCUCGAGGUCAAGGUGCGCGCACUUGAAGACGCGCGGGACGCCCAGUGCACACGCGCCGCGGAAAUGCACUCGGAGCUCCGGGACCAACUCGAGAAGCUCGGCGUGGCGCAGAAUCAGGUGCUCAAGCAGCGAGGGCAGGUGCACGCGCUCCAAACCGAGCUCAAGGCUGUCAAGGUCGAGAACGACGAGCUUGCCACGCGCUUGGAAGCCCAGCACCAGCUGCACACCAAAGCAUUGGAAAAGGCCAUGCAGUCGCUCGUGCGAUUGUGCGUUGUCGCUCCCACCGUGAACGUCCACUUGUCGGGCCAGAUUUUGCCCUGCAAAUCGGUCUUACCGACGGACGCGAUUCGGUCCAUUGUGCAAAAGGACAUUUUGCCUGUCUUUUCGUCCAUUUUUCUGCAGCACGACGAAGGUACGAGUUCGGACGGAUCGUCGCUCGACGCGUGGCUGCAGUCGUUGCUCAAAGAGAUGCAAACGUCGAUCGAGAAGCAUCUCAAGAGCGUCUUCCAGUCGUAAACAUUUGAUAGACUGAUGUGGUGUUUUCAAAUGCAAAUGCAC